CGAGACGUGAUACCGCUAGCCCUGGAGGGGAAAAGCAUUUUAGCUAACUCAGAAACGGGUUCAGGAAAAACGCUAGCCUUCGUGUUGCCCAUAUUAGAAAGACUGCUGCACAGUCCAAACAUAAAAAUGAGAAGUUAUAAUCCGAGGAGCAUAUGCGUAACAAAGAGUUUAAUACUUUUACCAACGAGGGAACUAGCCCUCCAGUGUUACGACGUCGUGAAGAGUAUGACCAAGUAUGUGACAAUUACUUAUUCACUUUUUUGUGGAGGAAUAGACGUAAAGCAACAGGAGUAUGAGUACAAAAAGAAGAAAGAUAUUUUCAUUUGCACCCCGGGAAGGAUCCUAGAUUUAUUGUUAAACUCGUCCAGUGAUUUUAUAAACUACCUAGAAGUGGUAGUCUUCGAUGAAGCUGACAAAUUGUUGGAGUUGGGAUUCAAGGAGGAAUGUUUAAAAGUGUUAGAUGUGUGUAAGUUUAAGAAGCAGAUUUUAUUUUUUUCAGCUACCUUAACUAGGGAUAUCAAGGAGCUAGCCAAUUUUUCUCUUAAGAACCCAAUUUUUAUACAAAGCGGAGUGGAUAAUAGGAAAGUAGAUGCAAAGGGGGAAGUUAUACCCAGAUGCAUUAGCAAUAAAAAAAUCUUAAAGUCUUUUAAAAUUUCAGAAAAAUUAAAUCAAGAAUUUGUAAAUAUUGUAAAUGAAAAAUAUAGAAGAGCAGCUCUACUGCAUCUGUGUAGUAAUGUGUAUAAGAAUCAUGCCAUCAUUUUUUUUAAGACAAAAAAAGAGACACAUCUGAUGUAUUUAAUUUUUUCCUUGUUUAAUUUCAAAUGUGCAGAGUUGCAUGGUUCGCUUACUCAAAAGAAGAGAAUAGAAUCCAUUUUGAAAUUUAAGAAAAAUGAAGUCGACUUUUUAUUAUGUACUGAAUUAGCGUCUAGAGGAUUGGACAUCGAUCAUAUUCUCUACGUGAUUAAUUAUAACUUACCCUCGAACGUUAUUAAGUACGUGCAUAGGAUUGGAAGAACAGCAAGGAUAGGGAAAGAAGGCACGGCGAGUACUCUCUACAGACCUAAUGAAAAAGCGGAUGUGAAAAAAAUCAUUAAAGGAUUGAAAAAAAGCAAAAAUGCUAAAAUAUUUCGGAGGAACAUAUCCAAUGAUAGCAUUUCCCAUUGGGAUAAUUUACUUAGGAAGAAAAAAAAAGAAAUUAAAGAAAUGAUAAAGGAGGAAAAGGAAAACAAAGAAAUUGAUAAAGCCACCAAAUCCAUAGAGAAAAUUAAAAACCUCAUUCAAUUUAAGGACGAAAUUAUGAGUAGGCCUCCCAGGGAGUGGUUCCUGACGAAUAAGGAAAAAGUGCACCUACGGAAGUUAAACAUGAAGAGUGACAUGUCGUGUGGUGACUCCACGGGUGGCAGUCGCAGUGGCGAAGACCAUACUGGAGGGAGGAGCACCCGUAAAAAUGACGCUGGUAAGCAGCGCGCACGUAAAAAUGACGCUGAUAGGAAGGGCGCACGUAAAAAUGACGCUGAUAGGAAGGGCGCCCGUAUUAAGGACUCUGAUAAGCAGAGCACCCGCAAGGCCAAAAAGAAAAGACAAAACAGCGAUGAAGAAGACGACAAAAGCAAACUCAAAAGUUUUCGCUCCAUUAUAAGAGAACUGAAGCUGAACGUGCUGGUAAACGGUAAGGGGAAAAUGGACAAGUCGAAAAAUGCAAAGGGGGUUAGGAAGAACUGGCAAAAGAAUAAGAACGGCGCAGGUGCACGAGGUGGUAAUGUCGGUAAGGGCAUCAAUGGAGACAAUGGCGUCAAGAGGGGCAAAUUUGGCAAUGGCGCUAAGAACGGGAACAACCCACCCCGCAGCACAGUUCAAAAAAAGGAAAAGAAGUUAAAGAAAGCUAUAUAUGAUCUGCAUUAG